AUUUUUUUCUACCGUUUUGUUUUCCAUCCAAUUCAAGGGAGGCAGGAACCACCAACCACCUUCUCCUGUCCCGCUCCGUCCGGUUCCAUUCCUCUCCUCCUCCUCUCUUCUCUUCCCUCGAACGAAGGGGAGGAGGAGGAAGCGCCUCGCCGGCAUUGCCCUCUAGCUCCUGUCAUACCACAAACCUCGAUUGUCAUCUUGUCAAACCACGAACCACCACCGUCUUCUUGCCGGAGGUAACGAACGACCACUUCUCCUGCCUUCGACCAAUGCAACAUCCAGAGCAAAUGGAUGUUGCAUUUUAUAAUCCGUUUUACUAGUUUGGUUUUACAUGCGCGCCAUGCACGGAUAAUUUUGCUCUGGUUCCAUCACCCCUGCGAGCGAGCGCGUCGUUUUCAAGGACAUCGACGUGGCGCACAAGCAACCGCGAGCAUUGAACGCUGGGGGUGGCGUUCCCCUUUCGGCCGCGUAUCGUACCGAGCCACAACUUCCGCGCAGGGAGGCCAUCCGCGGGGUCAGCACCGACCACGCUCUUCACGGGUCACUGCUUGUCGGCCUGCCUACAUUACCAGUGUUGGGCGCUUUUGCCGGCUCUCGCUGCAUUUUGCAAUCGAUACGCAUGAACAUGACGCUGGUUCGGUCGUGCCAAUGUGCGUGACGCAUGUGGGUGACUGAGCAUCCAUUGAUGGGUCAGUCGCUUUGUUUGUGUUCCUUUAAGGUUGGAUCCAUAGCAAGAAAAGCAGACGUGGAGUACAGCAAUGGCUAGCGAGGAGCGGAUCCUAGUAUCGGUGCGGCUACGGCCGGUGAAUGCGCGAGAGGCGGAGCGCGGCGACGGCUCCGACUGGGAGUGCGCCGGUCCGACCACGCUCAUGUUCCACGGCAACAUCCCAGAGCGUGCAAUGUUCCCCGCCUCAUACACCUACGACAGGGUGUUCAACCCUGAGUGUAGCACACGCCAGGUGUACGAGGAAGGGGCCAAGCAGGUGGCCCUAUCGGUGCUCAGCGGCAUCAACUCAAGCAUAUUUGCGUACGGCCAGACGAGCAGCGGGAAGACGUACACGAUGGUCGGCAUCACGGAGCGUAGCAUGGCAGACAUCUACGACUACAUUGACAAGCAUCCUGAGAGGGAGUUCGUGCUAAAAUUUUCGGCGAUGGAGAUAUACAAUGAAGCCGUGAGGGAUCUCUUGAGACCUGACGCAACACAACUAAGGCUUCUUGAUGAUCCAGAGAAAGGAACUGUAGUAGAGAAACUCACCGAGGAAACCCUUAGGGACAAAGGCCAUCUCUUGGAGCUCCUUGCAGUGUGUGAAGCUCAAAGACAGAUUGGGGAAACUGCCAUGAACGAAACAAGCUCCAGAUCGCAUCAGAUACUCCGACUGACGAUCGAGAGUUCAGCAAAGCAAUUCAUGGGACGAGGCAAAUCGAGCACCCUUCUAGCUUGUGUGAAUUUCGUUGAUUUAGCAGGAAGUGAGCGCGCCUCUCAAACACAAUCAGCUGGUGUGAGGCUGAAGGAAGGUAGCCACAUUAACAGAAGCCUUCUUACAUUGGGAAAAGUCAUUCGCCAACUCAGCAAGGGAAGAAAUGGGCAUAUCCCUUACAGAGAUUCAAAGCUCACUCGCAUAUUGCAGUCAUCUUUGGGCGGCAAUGCGAGAACUGCUAUUAUCUGCACGAUGAGCCCAGCACAUAGUCAUAUCGAGCAAUCCAGGAACACACUUUUGUUUGCAAACUGUGCUAAAAAUGUAGUUACUGAUGCAAAGGUCAAUGUAGUGAUGUCAGACAAGGUGUUAUUGAAACAUCUUCAAAGAGAAAUUGCAAGGCUAGAGAAUGAGCUAAAGUUUCCUAGACCAACCUCUUGCAGCAACUAUGCUGAGGCUUUAAGAGAAAAAGAUGAGCUGAUCAAACAGCUAGAAGGACAGUUGAAGGAAUUAAUGGAGCAGAAAGACACCGUUCAGUCUCAACUUGACAAUUUUCGUAGAGUUACAAGUGAUGGAAAUUUCAAUGAUCAUGCAACAAGGCAAUGGGAUCAAUCGAACAGGUCUUCAGAGUCCCUUCCAUGUAGUGCGUCUGAAGACACACUUUCUUUUGAUACUUACAGUGAUGUUUAUGAAGAACAAGAUGAUCUAGGCUCCAAAGGAUUUGAUGUGUCACAUGUCUAUAAUGAUUAUCAUCAUGAUGUGUAUCACCAAAAAGUAGACGAACACCCAAUGUCUAGUUUGCAUCAACCAAGAAACCAUAUUUCUAAUAGAACACAGAUGUACCAACCAAAUAGGGAGACUUCACCAGAGGUCCCUAAGGAGCAUUGCAAGGAAGUCCAGUGCAUCAAAAUAAAUGAGUUUAGGAGGAGUCGGUCUGACGAAGAAAAACAUGGUGAAAACAUAACAUACACAUCAGAGGGUGCCAUCAAACUGUACACAUGUGAUUCUGAGCCAUCUUCUGAUACUGAAAAAACAAAUAAUGACGAAUCUUUAGUCCUGAAGAGGUGUGUGAUAAGCUCCAGAGACAGUGUACUAACUAGAAGCAGAAGUUGCAGAGCUAGCUUCAUGGUCAUUCCGAAUAGUUGGUUUGAUGAUUCAGCGGAUAUGAGAAUGACACCACCAGGUGACAUUUUAAAAUAUCCUCACAGAAGGCUAGAGAAGGUUAGGAGGAGCAUGUACUCUGAAAAUGGUCAUUGUCAAAAUGAUCUUACAUUAGACUGCCCUGUGGUCUCUGGAAAAGUUGCAUCUGACAUGGUUAUAGACAAAAACACUUGCAAUGAAGAAGAUGGAUAUGCCAACAAUAAAUUCAGCUGCAUCACAAAGGUUAAAGAGAAGCAAGAAGACUAUUGUACAUCCCAACUAGAGGGCAAUCAGCAGGACAACGUUACUGCAGAAAUCUUGGACAUGAAACAUGCAAAAAAUAUUGACAAAGAUAUAUUUGUGGCCAAUAUUGACUCCCCUUCACGGUGGCCUAUUAAUUUUGAGAAAAAACAGAAAGAAAUCAUUGAGUUAUGGCAUGAAUGCAAUGUCUCUAUAGUACACAGAACAUAUUUCUUCCUCCUCUUCAAAGGAGUCAAAGCAGACAAUAUUUAUUUGGAAGUGGAGCACAGAAGAUUGUCCUUCAUUCACAGUUCUUUCAUUGCCGGAUGUGAGCCUAAUGUUACUGUUACAUCAAGCUUGAGAAAUCUUCGGCAUGAAAGAGACAUGCUCUACAAGCAAAUGCUGAGGAGACUCCAUCUUCUAGAAAGAGAGAGCCUUUAUAGCAAAUGGGGAAUUGAUCUGAAUUCUAAACAACGAAGGCUGCAACUAUCUCGCCGCAUCUGGACACAGACUGACAUGGAACAUGUGAGGGAAAGUGCCGCUCUUGUCAUAAAAUUGGUAGAACAUCUGGAGAAGGGGCAAGCCAUCAAGGAAAUGUUUGGGUUAAGCUUCACAUUGAACCAACGAGCUAUCCGAAGACCUUUCAGCUGGGUUAGUGCUAACUCCUAAAGCAAGCAUCGAGACAAAUUAUGAUUAUGAUGGUUGAUAGUUGCAUGGGACAACAAACAAUGCCAUGAUGAAAUACAUAGUAGAGGAGACCUCUUGUCAGUCACCCAUACGAGCAUUGAUUUUCACUGAUGCCCCUGUAUAUUUCGUAUCACUUAUUAUGUAGAUGUACAUGUGAUGGAUUUUGCAUUGUGGAACUGUUAAAAUGAACCGACAUGAGAUGCCAAAUCUUUGCACCAAACAGUAUGAUGUAUUGCUGAUCUGAUUUUUUUGCAUCAAAUGUAUAUCUAAUAUACCAUAUUUUUUGCUUAAGUAAAUCAGAUGCUAUGAAUGCCAACUAA